CUUCCGGACUGUCAUUACACACACGCACUAAAGCGGCAUGGCAGCGGAUAGCUUAGCGUCUAAUGGCGGGGAAACUGCGUCCUUGAACGGCGAACCGUCCGCCAAGCGACCUCGGGAAAGUGGAGAAGACCUGUCCCUGUCUCGGGUAACGAAGCCGGAGCCUCACAAUAAAGUGACGGUCGUACUCGGUGCUCAGUGGGGAGAUGAGGGAAAGGGGAAAGUGGUGGACCUCUUGGCCAUGGACGCGGACAUUGUCUGCAGGUGUCAGGGCGGUAACAAUGCGGGACACACCGUGGUGGUGGACUCCGUGGAAUACGACUUCCACCUGCUUCCCAGCGGAGUGCUGAACAAAAACGCUGUCUCCUUCAUCGGUAACGGAGUCGUGAUUCACCUGCCUGGCCUGUUUCAGGAGGCGGAGAAGAACUCGCAGAAGGGGAAAGGACUUCAGGGGUGGGAGGACAGACUGAAGAUUUCUGAUCGUGCGCACAUUGUAUUUAACUUCCAUCAGGCUGUAGAUGGGAUUCAGGAGCAGCAGAGGCAGCAGCAGGCUGGGAAGAAUCUGGGUACAACCAAGAAAGGCAUUGGCCCGGCGUACUCCUCAAAGGCUGCCCGCAAUGGCCUCCGAGUCUGUGACCUGGUGUCAGACUUCUCUGUCUUCCAGGAGAAGUUUCGUGUUCUUGCGGAGCAUUUUCAGACGAUGUACCCCGCCCUCAACAUCGACGUGGACGCAGAGCUGGAACAACUCAAGGGCUUUAAAGAGAGGCUGCGCCCCCUGGUGACCGAUGGUGUGUACUUCAUGCACAAGGCUCUCACUGGACCGAGCAAGAAGAUUCUGGUGGAGGGGGCCAACGCUGCCUUGCUGGACAUAGACUUUGGGACCUACCCCUUCGUGACUUCGUCAAACUGCACAGUGGGUGGUGUGUGCACUGGCCUGGGCGUCCCUCCGUUGCAUGUGGGGAGGGUGUACGGUGUGGUCAAGGCCUAUACCACUCGAGUGGGGGUCGGGGCUUUCCCCACCGAACAGGACAACGACGUUGGGUCGUUGCUGCAGUCCCGGGGCAGGGAGUUUGGGGUGACCACGGGCCGACGCCGGCGUUGUGGAUGGCUGGACCUGGUUCUAGUCCGUUAUGCCCAUAUGAUCAACGGCUUUACGGCACUUGCCCUGACUAAGCUGGACAUCCUGGAUACGUUACCAGAGAUCAAGGUGGGCGUGGCUUAUACAGUUGACGGACAGCCCCUCCCGAGCUUCCCUGCGAACAUGGAUGUGCUGACGCGGGUCUUGGUGCAGUACGAGACCCUGCCGGGCUGGUGCUGCAGCACAGAGGGAGUGCGCAGUUUUGGGGAGCUCCCCAUACAGGCACAGAGAUACAUCCGCUUCAUUGAGGACUUCCUGCAAGUGCCUGUGAAAUGGGUCGGAGUGGGAAAGUCUCGUGAGAGCAUGAUCAAGUUGUUUUGAUCAACCAAGGGAGUUCUGGGUCCAAGUGUCCUAGUGUGUUCUUGGAAAGCCAUUUCAAGAAUUCGACCAUAAUGUCUGGUGGAUUGGUGCUGACAGUGCUAUAAUUGUGCCAGUCUGUCACAUUAUUCAAAUCAUCUAAGUUGCUUUAUUUAGGGUUAAGAGUAAUAGCGGGGACAACAUCCUUAGAAUCCUUGAUUUAUUUUUAUUUUUUAUGCAGAACUAUAAUCUAGAUCUCAUUUCAGUCAUAUAUCAUUCCAUUAUGUUUUUCUAGGCAUAUUUUUAAGGAGUAUGACAUAACAUUUCACUUUCUUCACUGAUAUGGUAGCGGUAGAUUUAUUUUAUUUUUUCUAAACUAGGACAUUUUUUGUACAUUUCAAGUUGCUACUUGAACUUUUAUACAUCUUGAAAAUACAAUCUCUCUUACAUUGGCUUAGAGUGAAUUUUGAAUUUAAAGCACACUGGCAUUUCAGUUUACCUUGGGGAACACCUCAGUGGAGGACUUUUGAAUGGAUGGAGGAGUAAGUUGAUUUAGAUUUCUUUUCCCUUCGAGGGAUUGGCUAUGAAUAUGAAGCAUGUAUUUGACACAGACUUGCACUCAUGGCCUUGAUUGAAUGUGUAAACGUGCCCAGGAAUCCAGCACUCCACAGCUUGCUGCACAGUAUUGUGAGGCUCACAAUGGCAUUCCUCAUCAUGUGGUCUUGAAUAUUCAACCAAAAUCUAAUUCACAUUCUCUUUAAACUGUCACUGGCUGCUAAUAAAUGUAUUUAAAACUAAAA